CUUCUCUCUCUCCUCUCUCUCUCUCUCUCUCUCUCUCUCUUUGCGUAGCUUACGUCUCGUGCUCUCUCUCUCUAUAAAUCCCUCUUUCUCUCUCUUUCGAUUCACGAGAUGGUCGAGGGAACCCUAGGACGCCGAUUCCUCGAGCUGGGCCCUUGAAGCUUCCGCCGAUUCCGCCUUCCAAUCGCCAUUUUCGACCUCCUUUUGCGCGAAAUUUGGGCUCCUUCCGCGGUUUUGAAUCGAUCGAGCUCUGGAACGGCGAUCUCGGUGCGGAAAUGUCGUCGCUGAGCCGAGAGCUCGUGUUUCUCAUCCUCCAGUUCCUGGAGGAGGAGAAGUUCAAGGAAUCCGUGCACAAGCUUGAGCAAGAGUCGGGGUUUUUCUUCAGCAUAAAGUACUUUGAGGAGAAGGCGCUUGCAGGGGAGUGGGAUGAGGUGGAGAGGUACCUCUCUGGUUUUACCAAGGUUGACGAUAAUAGGUAUUCGAUGAAGAUCUUCUUUGAGAUCAGAAAACAGAAGUAUCUUGAGGCGCUCGACAGGCAUGACAGGGCAAAGGCAGUUGAGAUAUUGGUGAAGGAUCUUAAAGUGUUCUCAACGUUCAAUGAAGAGUUGUAUAAAGAAAUUACACAGCUUCUCGCACUCGACAAUUUUAGAGAAAACGAGCAACUGUCCAAAUAUGGGGACACCAAAUCUGCUCGCAGCAUUAUGCUCAUAGAACUCAAAAAGUUAAUAGAAGCGAAUCCUCUUUUUAGAGAGAAGCUGGUCUUUCCCACUCUCAGGGCUUCACGCCUGCGAACUCUAAUUAACCAAAGUUUGAACUGGCAACAUCAGCUUUGCAAAAAUCAACGGCCAAACCCCGACAUCAAGACAUUGUUCACAGACCAUACUUGUUCCCCUCCUAAUGGAGCUCGCGGUUCACCAGUUUCUGUUCCACUUGCGGCUGUUCCAAAGGCUACUCCUGCAUACACGCAGCUUGGAGCUCAUGGUCCAUUCCCACCUCCAGCAGCAGCUGCGAACGCAAAUGCUUUAGCAGGUUGGAUGGCUAACGCUACUGCUUCCUCUUCAGUUCAGUCUGCUGUUGUUACGGCAUCAUCAAUACCUGUGCCAUCAAGCCAAGUUUCUAUGUUGAAACGGCCAAGAACUCCUCCAAAUGCACUAAGUAUGACAGACUAUCAGAAUGCAGAUUCAGAGCAACUAAUGAAACGUCUGAGGCCAGGCGUGCAUCCUGCUGAUGAGGUCCCUUACCCUGCACCUAUUCCACAAGUUGCAUGGUCAUUGGAUGACUUGCCAAGAAUGGUAGUCUGUACGUUAACGCAAGGUGCUAAUGUUACGAGCAUGGACUUCCAUCCUUCUCAUCACACUCUACUCCUUGUUGGUUCUGCAAAUGGUGAAAUAACACUUUGGGAGAUUGGCUUACGGGAGAGACUGGUGUCAAAGCCAUUCAAGAUAUGGAAUAUGUCAUCUUGUUCAACACAAUUUCAGAGUACUAUUGUCAAAGAUUCUUCAAUGUCCAUUAGUCGAGUUGCUUGGAGUUCUGAUGGAAGUUUGAUAGGCAUGUCUUUAUGCAGGAUGAUGAUACUCUAUGCUUGUUCCUCUCUCCCCCUUUUCCUCCCCUUAAGCUUUAUUUACAUGGUUGUAGGUGUCGCAUUCACAAAACACUUGAUUCACCUGCAUUCAUAUCAAGCGCCGAAUGACCUACGCGAAGUUAUAGAGAUUGAUGCUCACACUGGAGGGGUUAAUGAUAUAGCAUUCUCUCGUCCAAACAAAGAAAUUUGUGUUGUAACUUGUGGAGAUGAUAAGUUAAUAAAGGUCUGGGAUACUCGUGGCCAAAGGCUUUUUGUAUUUGAAGGGCAUGAGGCACCUGUUUAUUCUAUAUGCCCUCACCACAAGGAAAGCAUUCAGUUCAUCUUCUCCACAUCUCUGGAUGGAAAAAUCAAGGCAUGGCUAUAUGACAAUAUGGGAUCUAGGGUAGACUAUGAUGCACCAGGACGCUGGUGCACUACUAUGUUGUACAGUACUGAUGGGAGUAGAUUGUUCUCAUGUGGGACGAGCAAAGAUGGAGACUCUUUCUUGGUCGAGUGGAAUGAAAGUGAAGGAGCCAUAAAGAGGACAUAUAGUGGGUUCCGUAAAAAAUCAGCUGGUGCCGUGCAGUUUGAUACCGCCAAGGAUCACUUUUUGGCUGCUGGCGAAGAUAGCCAGAUUAAGUUCUGGGACGUUGACAAUCCUAAUAUGCUCACAAGUACUGAUGCUGAGGGCAGUUUACCGAGUUUUCCACGUCUGAGAUUCAACAAGGAAGGGAAUCUCCUUGCUGUAACAACGGUGGAUAAUGGUUUUAAGAUACUUGCUAAUGCUGAUGGCCUCCGAUCAUUGCGGGCUUAUGGCACCCGAUCUUUUGAACCAUUUAGAUCUCAAUAUGAGGCUUCUCCUAUCAAGUUUUCAGGUGCGCCUGUAGUUGCAAGCAUCUCUCCAAACAUCAGUAGAGUGGAACGUCUGGAGAGAAACUCUCCUGCAAAGCCAACUCCUAUCCUUAAUGGUGGUGACUCAACAUCAAAAAACAUAGAUAAUAAGGCAAGGAUUUCAGAAGAAUUGCCUGAUAGAGCAAAACCAUGGGAAUUGGCUGAAAUUCUAAAUCUGCAACAAUGCCGGGUUGUUACGAUGCCAGAAACUCCAGAUCCUGCCAGCAAGGUGGCUAGACUUCUGUACACUAAUUCGGGAGUUGGACUUUUGGCUCUUGGGUCUAAUGCAGUUCAGAGGCUCUGGAAGUGGAGCCGCAAUGAGCAGAAUCCAACUGGAAAGGCCACAGCUAGUGUUGUGCCACAGCAUUGGCAACCAAAUAGUGGCCUUGUUAUGACUAAUGAUGUAUCAGAUAACAAUCCUGAGGAAGCUGUCCCUUGCAUCGCCCUGUCGAAGAACGAUUCUUAUGUGAUGUCUGCAUGUGGUGGGAAGGUUUCCUUGUUUAACAUGAUGACUUUCAAGGUAAUGACCACGUUCAUGCCACCCCCUCCAGCUUCGACAUUCCUAGCAUUCCACCCUCAAGACAAUAAUAUCAUAGCAAUUGGAAUGGAUGAUUCAACCAUCCACAUAUACAAUGUGAGGGUGGAUGAGGUUAAAAUGAAACUCAAAGGCCACCAGAAGAGGAUAACAGGAUUGGCAUUUUCCAACAAUCUUAAUAUCCUUGUAUCUUCAGGUGCUGAUGCGCAGCUUUGUGUGUGGAACACAGAGAACUGGGAGAAGAAGAAAACUGUGCCUAUCCAGCUUCCAGCUGGCAAGCCAGCUUCUGGGGACACUAAGGUCCAGUUUAGUUCUGACCAAUGCCGCUUGUUAAUUGUCCAUGAAACGCAGCUAGCUAUAUAUGAUGCUGCCAAAAUGGAGCGUAUUCAUCAGUGGCUUCCGCAGGACACGCUGUCAGCUCCAAUAUCGCAUGCAUCUUACUCGUGCAACAGCCAAUUGAUUUACGCUUCCUUCUGUGAUGGUAACAUUGGUGUGUUCGAUGCCGAUAAUUUGAGACUAAGAUGUCGAAUAGCGCCUCCAGCAUACAUGCCCCCGACCUCUUUGAAUAGUAACCCGCCCAUCUAUCCUGUUGUUAUUGCGGCGCACCCUCAAGAGCCGAAUCAAUUUGCUGUUGGAUUGACUGAUGGGUCAGUUAAAGUAGUCGAACCGUUAGAGUCCGAGGGGAAGUGGGGUACUCCCGUUCCGGUAGAUAAUGGAGUCCCUAAUGGACGGACAUCGGCAUCAUCAGCUACCAGCAACCCACCUGCCGAUCAAAUCCAACGGUGAAUACUCUCUCAUCAUGUAAUGUAAAUGUUUUUAGUCUAAAUGUGGUGCCGCUUGUAUUCAUACCGUAUUUGUUUCUUUUUUUUUUUUUGAAAAAAACUUUUAUUUUUCCCAAAUGUUCUCCUCUCAAAGGAACUCAUAAGGUGAAAACAAAUAAGAACAGUGUUUGUUUAUGCUUUGUCGUAAGUGAUGAUACUGAUUUGACUAGAACUAAUGUUUGUAGGUUCUUUUUAAACUUUAUUUUUCUCAAAUGUUCUUUUCUCAAUGUAACUCAUAAGGCGAAAACAAUAAGAACAGUGUAUGUUUGUGCUCCUUGUAAAUUAUACUACUGAUUCUGCCAGAACUAAUGUUUGAUAUUGUUGGAAAAGGAAUCUUGUUACUGAGAUGUAGCAGCAGCCAAUC